AUGCGAUGCGCGAGCAAGGCCGCCGAGAGCGCGUCCGCACGUCUCUGUGCGGACGCCGAAGCAGAAACCGCAGCAACUGAGGUCUCAUCGGUUGCUGAAGCGACUCAGCCUGUGUCACUUGGUGAUGCAGGCGCUAGUCAUGAAGACACUCAUGUCUUCACAGAGUAUGAGCUCGGUGUCUCAUACUCUCCUGAUACGGAUGACGGAUCCGUAUCGACGGCGAUCGAAUCCAAGCCGCCUGCCAAGCGUGCAUGGAUGAUGCUAUGCGUCGUAGCAUCUUUGGUUCAUCUGAUGAAUCAAAUGAACCAUCGCCGAAGCGAAGGCGCUCGAAGUCGCGAGGCUCGGGCGCUAAUAGUGGUGUCGGUUCUCCUAUUGACACCACUACGCAGCGAGUUGCCAGUACUUCUGUCAUCACGUCGCAGGAAGAGCGGGACCGCAGUGUGUUGCGUCUCGCUCCUUAAAUGA